CCUGAACGCAGCGUGACAAACUGACAGUUUUCCUCCUCGGUCGCAGCGGCAGUACCCGGUAAACAUGCGAAGAAUGGCGGAGUGGGAUCCGCCUGCCAAGGAGCAGAGCUCCUGGUUAUUAAGUUGGCUUCCAUCAUGGUGCCCCACUUCCCUCUCUCAGCUUCAAGAUGCAGAAGAGAAAAUGCUGAAAAAUGUAAAGCAGCCUUUCUCCAGACAGCAUGUCCACAUUUCCAAUGGGAACUACCUAUGGACCAUCGCGUUCCAAUCAUCCUCUGCGGCGAAGUCCAGACCCCCUCUGGUUCUUCUGCACGGCUUCGGCGGCGGCGUGGCUCUGUGGACGCAAAAUCUGGAAUCUCUCUCCAGCAGGGGUCCGGUUUACGCUCUGGACUUGCUGGGCUUCGGCCGAAGCAGCCGCCCGCUGUUCAGCAGUGAGCCCGAGAGGGCCGAGGAGCAAUUCGUGGAAGCCCUGGAAGAGUGGAGAGAGAAAGCGGGUCUGGAGGAAAUGCUGCUUCUAGGACACAACCUGGGAGGAUAUUUGGCUACUGCCUAUACACUCAGACACCCUCAAAGAGUAAAGCAUUUGCUGCUGGUGGAACCUUGGGGGUUCCCCGCUCGUCCCGAGAACCCCCACCAUGACUCCAUCCCAGUGUGGAUCAGAGCAAUGGGUGCUGUCAUGAGCCCCUUCAACCCGCUGGCUGGCCUCAGACUGGCCGGGCCUUUAGGUCCAACGCUGGUCCAAGCGAUCAGGUCCGACUUCAAACAAAAGUAUUCUUCUGUGUUUGAUGACAACACUGUGUCCAACUACAUCUACCAUUUGAAUGCCCAGACUCCGAGCGGCGAGACCGCUUUCAAGAACAUGACUAUCCCGUAUGGCUGGGCCAAACGGCCUAUGCUGGAGCGCAUCGGCCAGGUCCGGGCUGGCGUUCCUAUUUCUUUUAUCUACGGGUCACGCUCCAGCAUCGACAGCGCUUCAGGAUACGCGUUCAAGAAAACCAGACCGGAGGUGGGAAUAACGGUGAUUCGAGGAGCAGGCCAUUACGUUUUUGCCGACCAGCCAGAAGACUUCAACCAAACAGUCCUGCGCAUCCUUGCAAGAACAGAGAAGAACAGCACAGACUCUUGCCCAAAGCCUUGACGACUCUUGCCUUUUUUUUUUUUUUAAACUAACAAACACUUUGAAGUCAACCCCACUACUCAACAAGGACGGUUGAAACCAUUUGAGCUUUAAUAAUACGCACUUUACCCACCACAGACGCUCGUCCGCCCGUCUGGACUAACUCGCCCUGGGCUUCGGAGGAUUGCAUCAGAAGAGCUUGUGACGUCGAAAAAAGGUGUUGGGCCACUCUUAUCUGCAUCUGGAAGGAAAUUCUCCGAAGUGAAUGUGUUUUUCGUUGCAAGGAUCUAUACAGAAUGUUCUCGCAGAUAUGAGGGAAAACGUCAAUAGGGCAAAGGGCAAAUUGUGUGCGUUCGAGGAAAUGCCACUCUCCCAACCAGCAGGUGUCAGCACAGCACACCGCCUCCUCUCGUCUGCUGCACUGACAAAAUCCACCAUCCAUGGUUGUUAUAGGACAGUGGUCCUCAAAGAGGCUUUGCACAGACAGAGAAUAGGGUCAGAGCAGGCCGGGAAUGUUUGAAUAAAAAUAGACUUCCUUUUUCAAGGAGCCGUAUCAUAAGUCAAACAUUGUGUCACGGUUUUAUGGGCUUCAUUCAAUGAGAAGUCUACAUUAUGUGUCGGGAAACUUCCAGGAAAAUUCUACACACCUCUGUUUAAAUUUUCCGAUACGUUAAAGUGACUCUUUCUGGGGAGGGAUGAUGAAGGAAUUCAUGUUUCUUGCUUAGUUUUUGGUUUUGUCUUGAAUGGGAAAUGUGUUUUCUUUGACACAAAUUAAUGAAAAUAUUUCUUUUAGUGUCUUUAAACCUACUAAUUUUAUAAAGUACAUAGUUCAUCAUAACAAUAUACAGUAUAGUACAGAAAAGUAUGUAUUUAUAGCUCUUCACCAGCAAACCAAUCUGCCUCAAUAAAAAAAGCAUUUUACUGUCAAUAAAAGUGGACCUGUCACUGUAUUUGGGUU